CUCCCAUCCUGUCCCCGUAGCUCCGCUGGAAACAAAGGCAAACUUCACUGGAACUAUGAAAACUUGGGAAUUACGCGUGAGCAUGGUAUCGAGAUAGGUGACAACAUCGGUCUGGGACAACAUAUGCCCGAUGUAAAUAUUCGCCUGGAGUCUUCCAGAGGGUGUUGGACAAAUAAGCAGCUUGUUCUUGCCCCUUGGAAAUGUUCAACCGCGGAUCCAAAAAACGUCGCUCCAAUCGUACGGAGGAGAUUGAGGAUCCUGACAGGGGGCAGCCAUGUAUGCGCUGUGGGGACCAGUGUCCAGGGCUCCGAAUGCACGGAUGGAGGAAGAUCUGUGUGCACUGCAAGUGUGUGCGUGAGGAGCAUGCGGUGCGCUCGGUGCCGGGUCAGCUGGAGAGGAUGAUGAUGAAGCUCGUGUCCGACUUCCAGCGCCACUCCAUCUCCGACGACGACUCGGGCUGCGCAUCUGAGGAGUACUCCUGGGUACCGCCCGGACUCAAACCCGAACAGGUGUAUCAGUACUUCAGCUGUAUACCAGAGGACCGUGUGCCCUACGUGAACAGCCCAGGGGAGCGGUAUCGCAUUAAACAACUCCUUCACCAACUACCUGCCCAUGACAGUGAGCCGGCGUACUGCAACUCUCUGGCUGAGGAUGAGAAGAAAGAGCUGAGGGUGUUUAGUCAGCAGCGGAAGAGAGAGAACCUGGGCAGAGGCAACGUCAGACUCUUCCCCGUCACUAUGACCGGAGCCAUAUGCCAACAGUGUGGCCGGCAGAUCCGUGGCGGUGACAUCGCGGUGUUUGCCAGUCGUGCGGGGCACGGCACCUGUUGGCACCCGCAGUGCUUCCAGUGUGCCACCUGUAGCGAGCUGCUCGUGGACCUCAUCUACUUCUACCAGGACGGCAAGAUCUACUGCGGACGCCACCACGCAGAGAGGGUCAAACCACGAUGCCAGGCCUGCGAUGAGAUCAUCCUGGCUGAUGAGUGCACGGAGGCGGAGGGCCGCCACUGGCACAUGAAGCACUUCUGUUGUUUCGAGUGUGAGUGCGCUCUGGGAGGCCAACGCUACAUCAUGAGGGAGAGCAGACCCUACUGUUGCACCUGCUACGAAGCCCUCUAUGCAGAAUACUGCGACACAUGCGGAGAACACAUAGGUAUAGACCAGGGCCAGAUGACGUAUGAGGGCCAGCACUGGCACGCUUCGGAGGCCUGCUUCUGCUGCGCCCGCUGCCGUCUGCCGCUGCUGGGGCGCCCCUUCCUCCCCAAGGGGGGGCUGAUCUUCUGCUCGCGCCCCUGCUCCCUCGGGGAGGACCCCGACAACUCCGACUCCUGCGACUCCGCCCUGCAGGGGCGCACAGGCAGCAGCAGCAGCAGUCAGAAGUCCCAUCAUCAUCCUCAUCAGCAUCAUCAUCACCACCACAGACAUCAGGAGCAUCUCCAGCAGCAACAGUCGUCUCCACUGCAACAACAGUCUCCACAGCAGCAGCAGUCCCCACAGCAGUUGCCUAAGCAGCCGCACAGUUCACCCCUGCGGCCACUGGAGGGCGCCAAAAACAUCUCCGCCACCAUCAUCAGCACCUCCAUACCGGUGGGGAACAAUUACUCACACCUGCCCCCUGAGACCAGAGGUGUGUGCAUCCCCCCUUCUCACCUGUCCAAUGGCCACUCCUACUCCCAUGGCCUGUCCGUCUCAUCCCCCCCAGACUCCUCCCCUUCGCCCUCCCCCCUCCCUCAUCUGUCCAAUGGCUGGGUUGCGUCUAUGCCCGUCAGCCAAUCACAUGACGGCUCACAACCAGGAAGUGGCCGGGUAGAGAACUCGGUUGGCUACUGUGAGGAGAAGAAUGGCUACCGUGAGUUUGAGCCCCCCAGUUAUGUAUCGAGGGGCACGUCAACUGCAAAGGAUCAUGGGAGUGGGAUUGUGAAAGGCCCUGACAACAAGGGCAAGAAAGGAUACCCUCCUCCGCCGUAUCCCUCCCCUGCUUCGGGAGACGCCACCAGCCCCUCCUCCGACGUCUUCCCUCCCCCUCCCCCACCUGUCCUCCUGAAGAACGGGCCUCUGGACUCCCCAGAUCUCCUGUCCUCCUCCACACCCCCACCGCCCCCACCGCCGUCCACAGAGCCCCGCCCCCCUCCACCACCUCUGCCCCAAUCGGGACGCAGCGGCACUCGGGUCAGCUUCCGCGAGCCAAUCAGCUGCAGCUAUUCCGUAGAGGUGGAGGACGAUGAGGAGGAGGAAGAUGAGGAGGAGUAUGAGGAGGGGAUGAGAGGAGGAGGAGGAGACGGAGAGGAGGACGAGGAGGAGGACGAGGAGGCCUCGGCAGGCUUUGGGAGGGGGCUCCACUUCAAUAAGGGGGUGCCCCCCCACAUAGACCUACUGGACGGCUCGUACCACCGCAGCGUGCGCAGGGGCGGUGGCCUCAGCCGCGGGCGCGCUCCAUCCGACCCCUCCCUCCACCACCACCACAACCACCACCACCACCACAACCACCACCACCAGGGCUCCAGCGAGCGCCGCGUCCGACGCUCCCGCUCCGACCGGCCGCGACUGGACUCCCUGGACCACCGCGGCGGGAGCGGACGACGCUCCUUCCCGCCCGAGGGAGGAGGAGGAGGCAUGGGGAUCCCGGGAUGCCACGCCCUGGACAGCCCCGAUCAGCCAAUGAGCUCCUCGCUCACCCUGCAGGCCUCCCUGUUCCAGCGGCGCCACGAGGACUCCUGCUCCACCUGCUCCUCCUCCUCCGACUCCGAGGAGGAGGGCUACUUCCUGGGCCAGCCCAUCCCCCUCCCGCCCCAGCUCAGGCGCUCCGUCUGUGGGGGAGGAGAGGGGCCCGAGGGCCGGGGAGGGGCGGCUGGAGCUGGAGCUGGAGGCGAGGGGGCAGAGGGAGGAGGAGGAAGAGGAGAAGGAGAAGGAGAGGAGGAGGAGGAGGAGGAGGAUGAGGAGGAGGGGAUGGUGCGGGAGUUCAGGGGGCUGAGAGGGAGCUUAAGGGCGAAGAGCAGGAGGAGGAGAACACACAGCCCCAGCGCCAGAGACAAGGACAAGAACUGUGUGGUCUCCUGAGAG